AAAUUUGUUCUAAUUUUCAGCAAACUUGGAACUGAUCAAAAACCAUGAGUUCCCGCUCAAUUACGGAAUGAGAUGUUUUAUGAGACAUUAAGACUCUGCGUGAUUCUCGCUUGGGUACCAAUAUCCGAAGGUGCCGCGCCUGUGUUCAGUCCUGGUUCCUAUAGCGGUAAUGUUGACGAAAAUGUGCCCACAGACACCACUGUCAGCGGAAUCACUCUGUCAGCGUCUGAAAGUGGUGGAGGCAGUGUUACUUACUCGAUUAUAAGUUCGGCGGGACCAUUCAAACUGAGUGCGAAUGGAACAAAAGUGCUCACUAAUGGGUUAGCUGUUAAUUUUGAGGCACAGAACUCGUACACUCUAACAGUUCAGGCUGAGUCCGCAGGUGGAACAGCAAUUGCAAGUGUAACUAUUACGGUAAACGAUGUCAACGAAGCUCCAAGCUUUACGCUGUCUUCGUACAGCGGUGAAAUUUCAGAGAACAGCGCUCAUGGAGUUGAUAUCAUUACAAUAUUUGCUGUAGAUCCUGAUGGUGGGGAUACGCUGACCUAUAGCCUCUCGGGCUCGGGUUCGUCGCUGUUCAAUGCGCUGAGCAAUGGAAUCAUUGAGGUCGCUGGAAGCCUUGACUUCGAGACAACACCUAGUUAUUCCUUGACCCUGACAGCAACAGACUCGGGCUCUCUAACUGACACGACAGCAGUUGUCAUCUCAGUCAGGGAUGUUAACGAGAGUCCCUCAUUUGUUGGUGCGCCAUAUUCUUCUAUCGUUCCAGAGAAUGACGCUGCAGCUAGCGUGGUGACUGUAGCCGCUACUGACCCAGACUUAGGAGAUUCCAUCACAUUUUCCCUAUCUGGCGCCAAAAGCUCCGACUUUACCAUCCACCCUACAAGUGGAGUUGUCACCCUCAACAACGCCUUGAACUACGAAUCGCUCAACCUCUAUUCACUCACUGUAACGGCGUCGGAUGAUAACAGUUAUGGCAACGGAAGCGUGACGUCAACAUCUUUAACCGUUACGGUGACCAAUCGGAAUGACGUACCAGUCUCUCUCAGCAAUUCUUACUCGGCUACAAUUGCAGAGGACGAACCUGGUGGAACAAAUGUGUUGAAAACCGGCGCUUCCGACGAAGACGGACACGGAAUCUUGUUUAGCUUGUCGGGAAGUUCUGAUUUUGAUAUUCUCAACACGGGAAUGAUUCGUAUUAAGACGGGAGUCACUUUAGAUUACGAGACACAAGAUAGUUAUAACUUGACUGUGGAGUUUUCCGAUGGUACAGCGAGUAUAUCUAAGUUUGUAUCCAUCACCGUGCUUGACAGAAACGACGCCCCGACACUUCCGAGUUCUCCAUACUCCACGAGCGUUUCCGAAGAAGUAUCGAUCGGCACGAGUGUCUUCGUCGCCAGCGCAAGUGACCAGGAUGGGGAUUCGCUGGUGUAUUCAUUGUCCGGAGCUGGUGUGACGCACUUUACUAUUGACUCUGAAACGGGAAUUGUAACGACCUCUCAGGCACUGAACUUCGAAGAUACCAUUUCUUAUUUUAUGACUGUACAUGUUUCUGAUGGAAAAGGCGGCCGCGACUCCAGCAGUCUCACCAUCAGUGUAACUGAUGCAAACGAUGCCCCACAAUUCCUUGGGGCGCCAUAUACGGCGGCUAUUGAUGAAGGGCUUUCAAGUGGAUUCACCUUACUAACGGCUUCGGCAAUCGAUGAUGACAGCGGUGACACGCUGCAGUACAGUCUUUUGGGUACCAACAACGCUGACUUUGCGAUAUCAAGCAGUACUGGUCUUAUAAGCACUGCAAAGAGCUUAGAUUAUGAAACAGUGACCUCAUACGCCCUCACUGUAUCAGUGCAGGACGGCAAAACAACCGUAACAACCUCUUUGACAAUUACUGUAAACAAUAAGAACGAUGCACCCGUGUUUAAGAACGCGCCGUAUCUAAAAGCGGUUGAUGAAAACGACGCAGGCGCACCCGUAUACACUGUGAGUGCAACAGACCAGGAUACCGCCGACAGCUUGCGGUAUUUUCUCUCUGGCUCAGGUUCAGCUGAUUUCGUUUUACACUCUUCCACAGGAGUCAUAACUCUGUCUCGCGCUCUCAAUUAUGAAUUAACACCUUCGUAUUCCUUAUCGAUCCUUGUGCUUGAUAGCAAUGGGGAAAGCUCAACAACGAAUCUUCAAGUGACAGUGAACGAUUUGAACGAAUCGCCAAGAUUUGUUGCAACACCAUACAGUGUGAGUAUCGAUGAAAAUCUUCAAACAGGAUUCCAUGUUGUACAAGUAACCGCGACUGAUGAGGACAGCGGUGAUUCUCUAACAUAUUUUCUAUCCGGAGAAGACAGCAGUCACUUUGAAAUUAACUCACUCACAGGCCUGGUGACCACUACACAACCUCUAGACCGGGAGACCUUGCACUCCUAUGCGCUUUUUAUCAAUGUAACUGACGGUACAACUUCUGUCACCGAGCCACUGUCAAUCACCGUUCUUGACAAGAAUGACGCGCCUUCUUUCACCGCAGGCUCCUACGCUGUCAGCGUGGUCGAAAACGACGCAACAGCCGUUGUUUACACAGCUAACGCAACAGAUCAAGAUAGUGGCGAUUCUUUGACGUUUACUCUAACUGGAUCUGGAAGUGUGGACUUUUCGCUUAACCCUAUCACAGGCGUGGUGACUCUGACACAUGCUUUGGAUUUUGAGGCCACGCCUGUGUAUUACCUCACUGUCACAGCCAGUGAUUCGAACGGAGGUGUGGCCACUACAAGCCUUAAUGUGACAGUUGUCAAUCAGGACGACUUGCCCCAGUUUGAAGGUACACCGUACAGCGUGAAUAUCGAUGAAAAUCUCCCUGCAGGAACCACCGUGGUAACAGUACAAGCUAGCGAUGAAGACGCUUCAGACGCUCUGAGCUACAGCUUAUCUGGAGCCAAUAGCAAUCAUUUUAGAAUAAGCUUAAGCACCGGAGUUAUCACCACAGCACAAGAGCUCAACAGAGAAAAUAUUAGUUCUUAUAUACUGAACGUGUCGGUAUCAGACGGCAAUGUGACUGUUGUUGAACGGAUAACUAUCACUGUGGAUAACGCAAACGACGCUCCCAUGUUUUCUAACACGCCUUUCACUGUCAGUGUCGACGAAAACGUCAACAGUGGAAAUCUUUUCACUGUAAAUGCCUCAGACGAGGACGGGGAUGCCAUUUCGUUCACCUUAUAUGGGGUAGGAAGUGAGUUAUUUUCAGUGCAUUCCAGUAGUGGAGUCGUGUCUUCGGUUGAAGUACUUGAUUUCGAAUCUGUCAGCGGUUACACACUAACAGUCCGGGCUAGUGACAGUUAUGGAGGAGUGGCAGUUACGUCACUCUAUGUUAACGUUGUCAAUCAAAAUGAUGGCCCCGCCUUUGUGGGAACGCCUUAUAGUGCGAGCGUGAACGAGAACGUUGCAAUUGGUAGCACUGUCAUUUCUCUUACGGCGACUGACCAAGACGGCGACUUUUUGACGUUCAGUCUAACUGGAAGUAAUGAUUUUACCAUUGGUACAUCCAACGGAAUUAUAACAACCAGCCAGGUUUUGGAUUAUGAAGCGAACAGCUCUUACUCCCUGAUCGUGGGUGUUUCUGAUGGCCCGGCGACAGUCUCUCAGCCGCUGACUAUUAGCAUCCGGGACGUGAAUGACCCUCCAGUAUUUACUGAUGCGCCUUACGCCGUGAACGUGAAUGAAAACGAGGUUGCAGGCGCAGUUUAUACAGUCAGCGCCACAGAUCAAGAUGCUGAUGAUUCAGUUACAUUUCUGCUGGCUGGUCCAGGAAGUACUGACUUCUCCAUUCAUCUAACUAGCGGUGUUGUAUCAUUAAGUCAGGCGCUAGAUUACGAAUCACUUCCAUUCUAUUUGUUAACAGUCAUUGCCUCCGAUACGAAUGGCGGUAUGGCUCAAACUAUACUCAAUGUGUCAGUUGUAGAUCAAAAUGACUCGCCUGCCUUCGUUGGUGCUCCAUUUGCAGCCCAAAUUGAUGAAAAUCAAGUCAGCGGUUCCACCGUGUUAAAACUUACUGCCACUGAUCAAGAUGCAGGUGAUUUGCUGACCUUCAGUAUCGCGGGUUCGGACCACUUCGCUUUAUCUUCAAGUGGGCGUAUUACGACCACCAAAAUCUUAGACUUUGAGUCUGUGAACACUUACACUCUGAGUAUCUCUGUCUCUGACGGUAAGACUUCUGUAACAGAAGCUAUAACCAUCUCAGUCCGUGACACAAAUGAUUCGCCAGUGUUUGUUAAUUCGCCUUAUGCUGUCACCUUACCCGAAAACAAUGCUAGCGCUGUCGUGAGUGCAAUGAGUGCCAUUGAUGACGACAGCGGUGAUAUACUGACAUUUUUCCUAUCAGGGGUAGGCAGUGGUGAUUUUUCCAUCCUGUCAUCUACUGGGUUAGUUUCCCUUAGCAGAGCGUUAGAUUACGAGAGCAAGUCUAGUUACGUGUUAAACGUUAUUGUGCGUGAUGAAUACGGCGGUCAAGCGAGUUCUUCUUUGAGCGUUACGGUCUCUGACGAAAAUGAUGCCCCUAGUUUUGUUGGGACUCCGUACAGCGUGUCACUUGAUGAAGAUUUACCCGUAGGAACCAUAGUGUUGCAGGCUUCUGCAGUUGAUGAAGAUUCGUCCGAUAUCCUAGAAUACACCCUCUCUGGUGAUAACAGCACGGAUUUCAGCAUUGCUCAAAACAGUGGCAUCAUCACAACGGCUGUUAGUCUUGAUUACGAGUUAGUUAGCUCUUAUUCCCUCACAGUGUCUGUUACAGAUGGAAAAUCUUCAGUCUCACAAGUGAUCACUAUUAGUAUUACGGAUAAAAAUGACUCACCUACCUUUGUAGCCGCGCCUUAUUCAGUCACAGUCGCAGAAAACACCACCACAAGCACACUGCUCACGGUGAGUGCCACUGACAAAGACAAGCCGGACAGCUUGAAUUUUCUACUUUUGGGAUCUGGCAGUGAAUUUUUUUCACUGCACCCAACAUCCGGGGUAUUGGCUUUAACUACGGCAUUGGAUCACGAGGUGACAUCAUUAUAUACUUUAACUGUCUUUUUAUCUGACAAUAAUGGGGCAGUCACGACCACAUCAAUAUCUGUUUCUGUCUCGGAUGUCAAUGAUUCUCCCCAGUUUCUUGGCACACCUUAUGCAGCGACCGUCAGUGAGAAUCUUCCUAGCGGAAGUGACGUUAUAAAAAUUGCUGCAAACGAUGCAGACGGUGAUGCUUUGAGUUACAGUUUAUCAGGAACAGACAGCGGAUGUUUCAAGAUUUUUCCCUCUUCCGGUUUGAUUGAAACUUCAAAGGAGCUGGACUUUGAGGCAGUCAGCUCUUACUCUCUGACUGUGACUGUAAGUGACGGAAAAAUCAGUAUCUCCACGGAUCUUGCUAUCUCCGUCAUAAACGUAAACGAUGCACCUUACGUCACUAAUCUACCUGCCAACGUCAGUUUGUUCGAGAAUGACGUCACGGUUCCCGUGAUUGACGUCAAUGCAACAGAUCCCGACGGCGACAACAUCACUUUCGGCCUAAGUGGAAGCGGAAGUGACGACCUUGUCAUAAAUCCCGCCACAGGACGCAUAACCUUAAGCAAGCCGCUUAACUAUGAACUACAGGCACUCUAUUCGUUGACAGUGAGGGUAUCUGAUGGGAUAGGAGGCGUGGCUGUAGCGUCAAUAACCGUCAUAGUUGUCGAUAAAAAUGAUGUGCCUGUAAUCCUAGGCGCUCCACACACAACAAGCAUCGACGAGAAUGUGAAUGACGGAAUUGUGGUCUAUGAAGUCGCAGUCGUUGACGAAGAUACCGAGGAUUCUUUUACCUUCAGUAUAUCAGGGAAAAACAGUAACCAUUUUGCAAUUUCUGCCGCUGGAGUCAUAACCUCAACUCAGAAGCUGGAUUUUGAGGCUGUUUCUUUGUAUACUCUUAUUAUAACCGUCUAUGAUGGCACAGAAACUGUCAACACAACAUUGACAAUCUCCGUCGUGGAUAGCAAUGACCCGCCCCAGAUCCUCAACGGCCCAUACACGGUCACUGUGGAUGAGAACGAUGUUAGUGCUACUGUGGUCAAUGUUACUGCGGUGGACUUGGACAGUGGUCCAGCCGAUUCGCUGACCUUUUUUAUGCAUGGUGCUGGUAGCAACUACUUGUCCAUCCACCCAACCACAGGAGUAGUAAGCCUCUCACAAGCCUUAGACUUUGAACAAGUCCCCCAGAUUAUAAUGACAGUGGAAGCCAGGGAUGGCCGCGGGGGAUUGGCCGCGACCAGUUUGACUGUUAAUGUAAAUGACAGAAACGACGCGCCUGCAUUCCAGGGAACCCCGUUCAGCGUUGCUAUCAGUGAAAAUGUCGCGUAUCGUUCAACUGUGGUCCAAAUCACAGCUACUGAUCCAGAUAGCAGUGAUACCCUCAAUUACACGCUAUCGGGAACAAACAGCUCUUAUUUCCAGAUCUCUUCUGCGACUGGUCUGAUACUGACUGCGCGAGAAUUGGAUUACGAAGAUGUGAAUUAUUUCUUUCUCACUGUAAGUGUUAGUGACGGGAAGACGACAGUUACCCAACCGCUGACCGUCACAAUCACAGACACAAACGAUUUACCCAUGUUUUUAAAUGCCCCUUACUCAGUGCAAAUCAACGAAAAUGUCAUCUACAGUUCCAUUAUCUUGGCAAACGCCACGGACCCUGAUAACGACACAUUGCGUUUCACGCUUUCUGGAUCACGAAGCUCACAAUUCACGAUUCACGGAUUGACUGGCUUAGUCUCCCUAACCGAAACGCUGAACUUUGAAGAAUUCACUACGUUCGUGUUGACACUAACUGUGUCAGACGGAAAAGGUGGUGUGAGUGAUACCACACUGACUGUCGAGGUCAUUGACCAUAAUGAUCCGCCUACCUUCGUUAACACUCCAUUCAGCGUGGUAAUCGACGAAAACAUCAACAUUGGAACACAAAUUAUCCAAGCGUCAGCUACUGACGAAGACAAGAACUCCUCUCUCACAUAUUCGCUCACUGGAGCCAACAGCUCGGUUUUUACGAUUUCCGUAACAGGUAUCAUAUCUACGAUAGGGGUGAUCGACUUCGAAAGCCGCAGUUUGUACUCAUUGACUAUCUGGGUGGGGGACGGUGCCUCAACUGUGAGCACUCCUCUGACGGUGGCCAUCAAUGAUAUCAAUGAUUUGCCAGUGUUCACCAACACAUCCUACACUUUAUCACUGAAGGAACGAACCGGUGCAUCAGUCAGCAUUUUGCAGGUCUCUGCUAGCGAUCAAGACGGAGACAAUAUUGCAUAUACCUUCGUAGGAAUCACUAGCUCAGAUUUUACCAUAAACAGUGCAAAUGGUGUCAUAGCUACAUCUGUCGUUCUUGAUUACGAGAGAACACCUUCCUACGUCCUUAACGCGCAAGCGGAUGAUGGAAACGGCGGAAAGACCUUGUCCAAUGUCAUAGUGAAUGUUAUUGACCUUAAUGAUGAAACACCAUUAUUCAAUAGUGCCUCUUACAACAGUUACGUGACAGAAAACGCUUUGAUUGGCUCAUCUGUUAUGAUAGUGACUGCGUCAGACGAAGACGCUGCUGAUAGCGCGCUGGCUUAUGAACUGUCAGGAACAAACAGCUCUCACUUUGCUGUGACAAGCAACGGUUUAAUACAAACAGGGAGAGACAUUGACUACGAGAGUGUCCAGGGCUACUCGCUAACUCUAACAGCCACAGACAGCGCGAAUAAUACAGGCACAACUGUUAUAAUAAUUACAGUGGUGAAUGUGAAUGAUAAUGAUCCAGUUUUUAGCGCUGCAACGCUCAGUGUAGAUGUGUCGGAAGGCAGUGCUCCUGGUACGAGUGUCGCCAAGUUAACAGCAACUGACGGUGACCUUGAGGACACUAUAACAUACGCAUUGUCAGGAUCCGACAGUGUCAACUUUGCUGUUAAUGAAAACACUGGAGUUGUCUCCACUAUUGCCUUACUGGAUCGUGAAUCCCAAGAUUUUUAUUCCCUGACUCUCACUGCCACGGAUUCUGGGGGUCUUUUCUCAAUGGCUACAAUUAACGUCACAGUCACUGACGUCAACGAUAACACUCCCGUAUGUGCAGAGGCCGUCUACGCAGCUUCAGUGGCAGAAAAUGUAGCUGUUGCUUCUUCUUUGGUAACGGUAUCGUGUUCUGACCUGGACGCGGGCUCAAACGGAGAGGUGACUUACAGUAUUUUGUCGGGAGACGGUGGAGUCUUUGUAGUGAACUCUUUAACUGGCGUAAUAAGCAUCAGUGCUUCUCCAGAUUAUGAGUCGUUACAAGAAUACUUAGUGACUGUACAGGCCACAGACGCUGGUUCGCUGCCGCUGUCCUCCAUUACCACGGUAAUCCUUACAAUUACAGGAGUCAAUGAAUUUAUUCCUCACUUUAUCCCUAAUAACUCUUACGUCGUCACGGCCGCAGAGAGCUUGGCGCUAGGACAUGACUUGAUCACUGUGUCGGCCAAUGACGCAGAUGCUGGUUCCCAAGGCGAGGUUACUUACACCAUAAGUGCAGGAGAUACAUACGGGAAUUUCGUGAUUGAUAGUCACACUGGAGUCAUUGAAUUGGUUUCUAGUUUAGAUCACGAGGCUAGUUCUCAGAUCACUCUCACAGUGACUGCCACUGACAGCGAUUCAGCGAGUCCGCUCAGUGCCCAGGCAACUGUGACAGUGAAUGUGGUCGACGUGAAUGACAAUCACCCAGAAUGCCUUCCGACAUUGCUAGCACCCGCAGUACUAGAGUCAGCUGUUUCUGGCGAUGUUGUGGCCACCCUUAAUUGCAGCGAUCCAGACAGUGGAGGCAAUGGAAAAUUAUUUUAUACCAUCUCAGCAGGAAACUCAGAUGGAAGAUUCAAUAUUUCAAAUGCAGGCAAAGUGAGCGUGACAGACAUUUUAGAUUACGAGACAGUCACGUCAUACUACCUGGUAAUCACAGUCACAGAUGGAGGUGUUCCUUCUUUGUCAACUGAGGUUUCUGUCGCGAUAUCUGUGUCUCCCGUCAACGAGUAUGCCCCAGUCUUCGUCAGCAGUGGCAGCUAUUCGGUCUCAAUCCCUGAAGAUACAGGCCUCGGCAUGGAGCUCAUUCGUGUUACGGCAAACGACGGGGAUGACUCAAGUCAUGCGCACGGAAGAGUAAUUUACUCCAUCAUUUCCGGAGAUACCGGAUUCUUUUUCUUCAUAUCUGCUGACAGUGGGGCGAUACAGCUCGCAAGGAGCCUGGAUCGAGAAGUAGAGUCAUCCUAUGUCCUUAUAGUCAAGGCUACCGAUGGAGAAAAUGACGUGAAUGCCACAGUGUCAAUCACUGUCACAGACUCCAACGACAACCAACCCAUUUGUAGCCCUUCCUCGUAUAGUGCUGCAGUCAGUGAAGAUGUGGGGCUGGGAACUAGUAUAUUGAUUAUCACAUGCUCUGAUGACGAUGAAGGGAACAACGGCCUGUUAAUCUACAGUAUCAUAUCCGGGAACACUAACAGUAGCUUCACCAUGGACUCAAACGGCACCCUGUUUACAGCCGCGUGGUUAGACUACGAGACCACGCCCACUUUCACAUUGUCAGUUCGUGCACGUGACUCGAGCAGUCCGUCAUCAUCUCAAAAAUCCACUUUUAUGGAAAUAAGUAUUGAUGUUAUUGCAGUGAAUGAGCAUGAGCCCUUGUUUGCCUUUGCUCAGUAUGCUACGAGCGUAACUGAGGACACGGCCGUGGGAACUUCAAUUAUCAGGGUAACGGCUACGGAUCAAGAUUACGGACUGCAAGGAGAUGUGAGUUACGCCCUGACACCGUUAUCAGUACCGUUCUAUAUCGACACUAACAGUGGUGUGAUUCGUGUGAAGACCAGCCUUGACAGGGAGAAUGUCGAUACCUACAUUUUGACAGUCACCGCCACUGACAGGGACCGCAACAUAGCCGAUCGUAGAUCAUCGUCCGUGAAUGUCACUGUUACUUUGACUGAUGUUAAUGACAAUGAUCCUGUGUUUUUUCCUGAUCAUUAUAAAGUUGAAUUUUAUGAAAAUACCACAGCCGGUUCCAGUAUCACUCAACUGCAAUGCACCGACCAGGACCUGGGCACUAACUCAGCCCUUGUGUACAGCAUAACCGAUGGUGACCCGGAUGGUUUUUUUAACAUAUCCUCUGGCACUGGUCGAAUCACCUCAGCUAAAAAACUCGACUUUGAAGACGCCCAAUCAUAUUCCUUGACUGUUGAGGCAAGUGACAGUAGUUCACCAAUCAACUCGCGACACACGUCUGUAUCUCAUGUUGAUGUCAUAGUGACUCCACUAAAUGAACACGCCCCUGUGUUUAGCCAGUCGUCGUAUGACGUCACCAUCUCGGAAAAUACGGCGAUUGGUGCUUCAGUUCUGUCAGUUACUGCUACAGAUGGUGAUUCUGGCUCGCAAGGGGAGUUGACUUUUGCUCUGUCCAGCGGCUCGCCAUUUUACAUCGACAAGAUCAGCGGCGUCAUAAGGUUACAACAGGAGUUGGACUUCGACGCUGUGACGUCAUAUUCUCUAUUGGUGACAGCAACUGACGGAGAUUUAAAUUCCUCUAAAUCGUCAGUUGUUAACAUAACCGUAAAGUUGCGUGAUGACAAUGAUAACGCACCAAUGUUUAGUCCCGUCCUGUAUAGCGUGACAAUCACUGAAGAUACGGCCGUGUUUACUAACAUCUUGAAUCUGACAUGCGCGGAUGCCGAUUCUGGUACGAAUGGACAAUUUCUUAUGGCAAUAACUUCAGGGAAUGUUGGUACAGGAUUCUCCAUCUCAGACGAGGGAUUUCUAAGUGUUGCCUCAGCUCUAGAUGCAGAAACAACUUCUUUCUAUUCUCUUGAGAUCACCGCAACAGACCGGCACCCAAGCCAGCCGCUCUCUAACACAGCAAAAGUAACGGUUACCGUUACUGAUGCAAACGAACACUCUCCGCAAUUUACAAAUGGCGGAUCGUACACCGCCCUGUUGGCAGAGAAUGUUGGUGUGGGAGCAUUAGCUUCCAGUGUUUCAGCGACUGAUCUUGACAUCGGCUCUGUAUAUGGCGUUGUUACCUACGCAAUCACAUCCGGAAAUACCAAUGAUGUCUUUGCGAUCAGGCCGACUGAUGGUAUGGUUUUUGUGAAGCAUUCGCUUGACAGGGAGACAACAAGCUCUUACAGUCUUACAAUUAAAGCCAGUGAUCAAGAUCCAGUUUCUCCCUUGUCAUCCACAGCCACGCUUCAAGUUACUCUCACGGACAUCAAUGACAACGCACCUAUAUGCAAUCCUUGCAUUUACGGAGCGUCCAUCAAAGAGUCUGUUGCCAUAGGGACAAUAGUUAUUCAGUUAAACUGCUCGGACGCAGAUCUCAAGCCGAAUACGAUCAGUGGGUACACAAUAACAACUGGGAAUACGACUGCCUUUGGUGUGAACGGAGAUGGUCUAGUCACGACACUCGUCACUCUAGACUUUGAGGCUAUUAAGUCCUACCUGCUCGUGAUCACGGUAUCUGAUGGCGGCUCGCCCAAGCUCACCACCAACGUAACUGUCAGUAUCCAGGUCACCGGAGUAAAUGAGUUUUCGCCUGUGUUUAGUAACUCGACAUAUGCAAUCAGCCACUCAGAAGACAUUAUCUUUGGCACCACUAUCACAUCAGUGACAGCCACUGACCGAGACCACGGACCUGAUGGCUCUGUCCUCUUCUCUUUAAUCGAUGGCGACUCCGAAGGGAGAUUUCAAAUCGAUCCUAAGUCGGGCGUAAUCGAACUAAGAAAACAGCUAGAUCGUGAAACGAAGGAAAUGUAUUCUUUGAUCAUUCGAGCCACUGACCAAGGUGUUCCUAGCUUGUCAAGUACAGCGACAGUUAAUGUUGAAUUACUUGACGUCAAUGAUAAUCCACCACUUUGUAACAAUUCCUCUUACGUCAUCGAAGUGGCAGAGAACUUCACGGUCAAUGGGACGGUACUGAAACUGCAAUGUAGUGACGCUGACGUUGGAGAAAAUUCUGUUGUUUCAUACAAUAUAUCUUCAGGAAACACAAAUUCUACAUUCAGUGUUGAUUCGAACACAGGGAUCCUAUCCUUGUCAGCUGCCCUAAACCUGGAGUCACAGGCAUACUUCGAUUUCAUCAUCGCUGUUAGCGAUAAUGGAUCUCCACAACUCUCUACUCAGGUCACUGCAUAUAUUGUGAUUACAGCCGUUAAUGAAUUCGCUCCAAUAUUCACUCGGAAUGGCUUCUACAAUUUAUCUGUUCCCGAGGAUACCCCUGUUGGUACCAGUUUGGUAACAGUGCAGGCUCAAGACGAGGACAGCGGUAAACAAGGCAUGGUUUUCUAUUCCUUAUCGAUUGGUAAUGAGGACGGUAUGUUCCUUCUUGAUCCAAACCUUGGGAAUUUGAUCCUAAGGAAGCCAUUGGACCGUGAGGCACGUUCUCGGUAUAGCUUGACGGUGCGCGCGUCUGACAAUGCUCCCGCGCCCUUAACGAAAUGGAGCCUUGCGAUCGUGAACAUAACUAUUUCGGACCUCAACGAUAACCCGCCUUCGUGCUUCCAAAGUGCAGUGGUAGUUUCUUUGUUGGAGUCCACAGUUGUAGGGACUGUGAUUUUCACUGCAAACUGUACAGAUGUAGACUCCUUUUCGAUUCUUUCUUAUCAAAUAACUCAGGGGAACAACAAAGGAAAUUUCAAUGUGUCUUCCUCAGCUGAAGUGAGACUCAACAGGUCACUUGACAUCGAGGAUGAGUCAUUAUUCAGCCUGCUGCUGACCGUUUCUGAUUCCGGCUCACCCGUGAAACAUGCGUACAUCUCAUUGACGGUGAAAGUACUUCCGGUGAAUGAACAUAAGCCAACGUUUGUUGCCAAUGACCAGCUGUAUAAUCUGGAUGUCUUGGAAAAUAUCACAUUAGGAACUGUCGUUUUUCAAGCCCAAGUGACCGACAAUGACUCAGGAGUUCACGGAGACCUGCGGUACGUUCUUGUCAGCGGCAACGAAGACAACAAAUUCUAUUUGGACGAGGAACAAGGAAGACUGGUACUAGUCAAGGGUUUAGACAGAGAGACCACUGACCAGUAUAACAUCAGUCUCAGGGUAGAGGACAGUCCACUGAGUUCCCCGGAUGUUAAGUGUUCCAAUGUGACAGUGUACAUUUCAGUUUCAGAUGUAAAUGAUAACCCACCUGUGUGUACACCAGCCUUAUUUGCCGAAGAAAUUUUAGAAGACAUUCCUAUUGACACAAACGUGACGGCAAUUGCCUGCACGGAUGAAGACCUGGGACCAAAUGGAAAUUUCUCUUUUGAAAUUGUCAGCGGAAACUUUGGAAAGAAGUUCAGACUGGACGACAACAGAGUCGUUGUAAAUGAUAGGCUAGAUCAUGAGAACGAACAUGAAUAUAGCUUGGAGAUUCACGUGACAGACCAUGGUGUUCCAAAUAAUGUAGCUGUUGUUAUGGUAACAUUGUAUGUAAAAGCUAAAAACGAGUUCGCCCCAGUCUUCCAGCACUCCAACUACACCGUCAAUAUCUCCGAAGCUACAGCAGUGGGUUCUCAAGUAUUUGACGCAAACGCAACCGACUCGGAUCAAGGCCUUCACGGUCAGCUAGAAUAUUUCAUCGCCAGCGGCCUGGACGGAGGAAUUGACUUCGUUAUGGACUUACUAGAGGGACACGUUUUUGUGGGGGCUGAAUUAGAUAGAGAAACAAAGGAACUCUAUGUCUUGAACCUUACGGUUAAGGACAGAGCUGAUAAAGAGAGCGACCGUAGAUAUGCUAUUAUGGAGUUGAUCAUCCAUAUAUCCGACGAGAACGAUAAUCCCCCGGUCUUCACCGAGGAGAUAUACACUGCCACUAUUCCUGAGAAUGUACCCUCGGGAGUUUUAGUCACUCUUGUUAGCACUACAGACGCCGACAUCGGAAUCAAUGCUGAGCGCACUUUCACAAUCACGGGAGGCGAUGGUGUCGGGAAAUUCAGCAUCGACAGUUCAUCUGGCAUGAUAUCCGCUCUGUCAGGCCUGGACCGAGAAACUAAAGACACCUACUACUUGUCAAUCACAGCUCAAGAUGGUGGCACCCCGCCGCUGACCGGUUUGUGUGCAGUGCGCGUGUUUAUCUCGGAUAUUAAUGACCACAAGCCCGUUUUCAGUCCGACCCUAUAUCUAACGAGCAUUUCAGAAGCUACGCCUACCGGAACUGACGUGAUACCUGUAUAUGCGUACGAUAUGGAUGAGGGAUUAAACGCUGAAAUAGAUUUUUCUAUCGUUGGUGGCGAUCCUAGGAGCCAAUUUCAGAUAAAUUAUACAGGUGUGAUAAGCAUCAAGAGUUCCUUAGAUCGGGAGGACAUUUCUUUCUAUACCCUGCUAGUUCAAGCGUCAGAUCAAGGCACCCCUCCCCUGACAGAAACCGUUUCUGUAAACGUAACAAUCGAGGAUAUCAACGACAAUCCACCGGUAUUUUCUGACAGCAAUUUCACCGUAACUGUGGCUGAAAAUCUGCCAGUUGGCACACGAUUUCUGAAUGUAACUGCAUCAGAUUCUGAUAUAGGGGAAAAUGCCCUGCUAGCAUGGUCUAUCGUGAGUGGAAACGUUGGCGACGUCAUGGCCAUAGAUUCAUCCUCAGGGAGGUUAUAUAAUGUGGGUUCAUUUGACCGUGAGACUACCCCGGAAUACCUCUUGACAGUGAGUGUCGAGGAUGCUGGAAAACCUUCUUUGAACUCCUCAACCAAAGUCACAGUGAGAAUAAGCGACAGUAACGACAACUCCCCCGAGUUCAACAAAGCCGAUUACACCUUCUUCGUCUUAGAAAACCAAGAAAUAGGAACUUUCGUUGGAGAAGUGCAGGCCAAUGAUAAUGAUAACGGCACGCAUGCGCAGCUUGUGUAUUCUAUUGAGUCUGGAGAUGUUAGUGAUCAUUUUUCAAUUAACCCGUCUCAGGGGACCAUUUACACGGCCAAAGUGCUGGACAGGGAAGAUGUCAGGGAGUAUAGAAUUAGCGUUAAAGCUUCAGAUUCGGCUGUAUUUCCAUUUGACCUAUCAAACGUCACGAACGUUUAUAUAACAGUCUUAGAUCAGAAUGACAACAGCCCCAGUUUUCCUCAGCCGUUUUAUAAUGCGUCGGUCCUGGAAAAUUCCCAAUCCGGGGUAUCGGUUACAACAGUAACGGCUGAAGAUCCUGACAGUGACGCUAAUGCAGAGUUAACGUAUAGCAUUACCCAUGAAUCUUCAGUAGAGUAUUUUAGUAUUAGUAGUGUGACCGGAGAGGUGUUCGUAAAGAACCUGUUUGACUACGAGGAAGUGAAAUUUGUGAACGUUACAGUUAUCGCGGAAGAUAAUGGGAUUGUCAGGCGCAGCGGCUCUGUUUCCUUGAUUGUUUACAUAAAGGAUGCAAAUGACAAUGCUCCAGUUGUUGAAAAAGAUUUCUACGAUGCACUCAUUCGCCAAGACCGAUCCUUCGACUCAGCUCCCAUUGUUACAGUCUCUGCGACAGAUAGGGACUCUGGUGACGCGGGGACUGUGGAAUAUGGCCUGCUGGAACCCUCUUCCGUUUUCACUUUGGGACGCAGCGAUGGCAAUAUUCGCCUUUCAUCAUCUCCUGAGAUCGGGAAACCAUACGUGCUGCGCCUGCGCGCUACAGACCAAGGCACGCCGCCGCUGACCAGUGGUACCAUUACGGUGCGAAUUGAUGUGAUUGAUCCAGAGAACACUAUGGUUGAUCUAGAACUGGAAAUAAGUUUGGAACAAUUUGAGGCAAAUCGUGAGCUGUUUCUGGAGAAAAUAUCUCAGCUUUUGGGAGCUGAAGUAGGGAUUUCAGAGAUCGCUGUUAUUACUGAAGAAUUAAGAAGAAGAAAAAGAGAAACGAAAACUCGGUAA